AUGGCUGAAAAGGAGGUCGUGGUGCUGAAAGCCCAAGCAUCAGAUGAUGCUUGGGGUGCGUGGACACCGGAUAUUGUAGUUGGGAUAGAUUUUGGGAUGACUUAUACUGGGGUUGCGUAUUCCUGUGCACCAGAAUGGCUUCCCCCGAAAACCAUUCAACGUUGGCCGGGAAAGUUGCCAGGCGAGCUUUCCAACAAAGUUCCCACGUGCAUUGAGUAUGAUAAUGAGUCAGGCUUGAUCAGGAAUUGGGGGUUCAAGUGUGACCAAGAAGAUGCAAACGCUGACAUCAAGGAAUUUUUUAAAUUACAUCUUGCACCUCACUAUCACGAUGACUUACCGGGGAGCCCGAGUCGACAGGAUGCUCAGCGCUGGUUUCAAGAUUACAUCCAAUGCAUCUACCAACACGUGGUCUCUCAUUUCAACACCACAAUUCCUCAUUUCAGCUCACGUCAGGUUGAAUUCCUUUUCAGUGUGCCGACUACAUGGAAGGAUGUACGCAUGGUGGAAGAAACACGCCGACUCCUCCAGCGCGCAAUCAAUUCGAAAACACCAAAUCAUCACGUCUCUGUUGGUCUAACCGAGGCUGAGGCGGCUGCAGUUUAUGCUGGAAAUGAACAUUACCAGCUGGAUGACACCAUUCUUAUCUGUGAUGCAGGCGGAGGAACAACUGAUGUUAAUGUCCUCAAACUCAUUUCUUCGCGAGGAGAGCCGACUAGACUCGAGCAAUUGGGCCACGUGGAAGGUCAGCCAAUUGGGUCGGUAUUCAUCGACAGAAAGAUGCAUCGACUAAUAUGCCAGCGGCUGGAGAGGAUCAGUGAGCAUCUUAGCAUUCCACCAAGUGAGGCCGCGUGGAAAAUGACUUCAGGCCGCUUUCAGAGACUCAAGUGUACAUAUGGUACUGAAUCUACAUUGACUCCGUGGUUGAAGCUUGACGUACCAUGUUUAGAGUCCGACUCGGACUUCUCCGAAGCCUCGGUAUACGAGGGUCAAAUGCUUAUUGCAUGGGAUGACUUGAAAUCGUGUUUCGACGCCAAGAUCGAUGAAAUGUCUGUUCUUUUGGAUGGACAUAUCAUAAAUAUGUUGACUAAGUACCCCGACGACCAUAUUAAAUAUACCAUUCUUUCUGGCGGGUUUGGCAGCUCUCCAUAUGUGAGACAAUGCCUCGUGGAUAGGUAUAGCAAUGCAAGCGGUCAGAAUCAUCCAAACGCGGUGGGAAUGCAAAUAUUGGUCGCAGAUGAGCCGUAUGUCAAUACAAUUCUUGAGAGAUUGACCGCAUCGUAUGAAAGAGCUGACACAUAUUUGAACUGGCAAAGGCAGCUUGUUGUUGUCCACGGUCUAGUUCUUGAUCGGAUACAACAAAUCAAACGAGGAGUAGUCACGUUUGGAUCUCGAUGCUCUCCAAUGAGCUAUGGUAUUAUAUGUGAUAAGAUAUACAAUCCAGAAAAGCAUGUUGGGGAACGUGUCCGGCUUGAUCCGAGAGACAAGAAAACCUAUGUUAUCGAUCAAAUCGACUGGCUUGUCAUUCAGGUAAGACAACGCAGUUUCAACUUACUUUUCAAAAUUGACUUUCAUUUCUUCGGAUCUCAGGGUGCUCCCAUUCCUUAUACGGGAAUAACCAAGCCAUUUCAAUUGAAGACAAACAUUGGACAAGAAACUGAGCCGUGGAGAGUCAGCAUUGUCAUGUCACCUUUCCCCCUGGACAAGCUACCACAAAACAUGUGCCAAAAUGGCGUGCAGAGAGUUUGUGACCUCGAUAUUUCCACCGAAAAUGUCACUAAGAAGCUAAAGAAUCGACACUGGUAUAGCAUGGGGCCAUCAUUUUGGCGAACAUCAUUUGAUGUCAAGGUAGUGGUCGGGCCCGCCGACCUCUCAUUUCAAUUAUGGUCAAAGGACAAGAGAAUACGGAGUAACACGCACGAGCCUAUCGCUGUGAAAUGGAUGCCAGCCGGGGAGCUUUGA